GUAGUGUUAACGUUCUCUCCUCCCAGCAUCAGUUUGUGCUUGGCUGGGAUUCGGCUCAUGGACGGAGUAGCGGCAGAGAGACGAGACAAGAUCCCGAGCUGAACUCUGUGUGAUCGCCGGGGCUCCGAUCAGGGUAUGAAUACUCCCUCAUACAGGCUCUUGAUUCUACAGUUGCUGAAUUAGCAAAGCUAUGGAUAGUGUUUUUCUAUCUGAACAAAGAGCCAAUUCUAUUCUAAAGCGCUUCCCUAGAGCUAAUGGGUUCCUCGAAGAGAUCAAGCAAGGCAACAUUGAGCGUGAGUGCAGAGAAGAAUUGUGCAGCUAUGAAGAGGCGAGGGAAGCCUUUGAGAAUGACGAGAAGACUAAAGAGUUUUGGAAAGAGUACACCAGAGGACAUGGGGAUUCGAGUACUGACAGCAACUGGUAUCCAUUUUACCUGGCCUUCCCUUUAAUCACGGUCUUCUUUGUUGUUGCUCUGGUUCUCCUGCUAUUGUGGAAGUGUGUAUUCAGAAACAAAGCAUGUCGGAGAGCUGCAUAUGCCACCAGAGGUGCAAGAGAAAAUACAUCUGAGACUGGAGAUAACGAAGGAGUUUCAGGUCGUAGUCAGCAGCACUCUAAUGUCUUGUGUACUAUGGAGGAGGCUGGAAACCCCAGUGGAUUUGAAUAUGAUGUGCGCUCAGAUACGUUGUCAACUGGAUUUUCUUCAAACUGCGACCUGCCACCUUCCUAUGAGGAAGCCACUGGAACAAGGGGGGUGAGAGUAAGCGAGCCACAGCAAAGUCCCAAUGAGCCACCACCACAAUAUGAAGAAAUUGCUACUUGUGCCUCUGUAAUCACAAUACCUCAAGAGGGGACAAACAGUGUUAAGUAGCAUAGAAACAUAUUUUCAAUUUUUUUUUUUUAAUUUUUAUUACAAAUGAAGACUUUUUCUGUACAAUAGCAUUUGGCUCUGGACUGAUUUUGACAUUUGAAACAUUUUUUUUUUAAGAGUAUAGGUAUACAAGGUCUAUAUCCCCUGUAAGAACUGCUCAGAUGAAGGGUGAAUAUUGCUUUUAGAUAAAUACAAUGCACUGUACUGUUAUUACACUAAAAUGACAAAAUGCUGCAUAUUUUAUUUAAACCAGUACUUAUUUUUUUUGGUCUUACUGCAAUAAUUUUGCCUGUGGGGGUUAUACUGAUAUUACAAUACAAUCAUUAUUAACCUAACUACAUUUUUAAUGGGUUUAAAUAAAAUGGCUUAUUUUCAUGUGUGCCUAUUUUUCCUAAUUGCUGUAUUUUUUUGAAAGUGGCAUACAGUAUACAAUUUUGACCUCAAAAAUGUUU